AUGACAGACUUCAACCCCAUGUCUUCCGUCGACAUCUCCGUCAUUGAAGACAAGAUGAGAAUGGCCUCCCUCGACCAGCACCGUGGCUACUCCCAGAACACUUUUGGCGAGGUUCAGCAAUACCGCAACACGGAAUACGUGCCCAAGACCCAGGCCACCGCUUUCCAAAUCCUGCGCGAGCCCCUCUGGAACAAAGGUCUCUCUUUCACGCCCGAAGAGCGCGUGACCAGAAACCUCACCGGCCUCAUCCCUCACACCAUGGAGAGCCUCCAGACGCAAUGCCAGCGGGCCAUGAAGAUGAUCAACACCCGCCAGACCGACGUUGACAAGUACCUCUACCUGUCCUCGCUCAAGGCCCAAAACUUUGACCUCUUCUACCGCCUGCUCAUUGAUAACGUCCGCGAGCUCAUGCCCUUGGUCUACACCCCCACCAUUGGCGAUGUCUGCCUGCAAUACUCUACCCUCUACACCCGCCCCGAGGCUCUGUACAUUUCGAUUAAGCAGCGAAAGUCCAUCCGCACCAUGCUCCGCAACUGGCCCUACCCCAACCCCCAGAUCUGCGUCGUCACCGACGGUUCCCGCAUUCUGGGUCUUGGCGACUUGGGUGUCAACGGUGUCGGUAUCUCUAUUGGCAAGCUUGCUCUGUACACUGGUGCCGCCGGUAUCCACCCCGAAAACACCCUGCCCAUUGUCCUCGACACCGGCACCAACAACGAGACCAACCUCAAGGACCCCUUCUACCUGGGUAUCCGCUCCAAGCGUGUGUCUGUCGCCGAGCAGCAGGCGUUCAUGGACGAGUUCAUGGAGGCCGUCACCGAGGUCUACCCCGAGAUGACUGUCCAAUUCGAAGACUUUGAGUCCGAAAAGGCUUUCAACUACCUCGACCGCUACCGCAACAAGUACCGCUGCUUCAACGACGACAUCCAGGGAACUGGUGCCGUCGUUCUUGCCGGUUACAUCAACGCCGUCGAGCUCUCUGGCGUCCCCCUCGAGGAGCAGCGCCUGGUCUUCAUGGGCGCCGGUUCCGCCGGUGUUGGUGUCGCCAAGCAGCUCGUCGAGUACUACACCAAGCGUGGUCUCAGCGAGCAGGUCGCCAGGGACAAGUUCUGGCUGGUCGACACCAAGGGUCUCGUCACCAAGGACCGCGGUGACAAGCUCGCCGAGCACAAGAAAUACUUUGCCCGCACCGACAACAACGGCCACCAGUUCCGCACCCUCGAGGAGGUCAUUGAGUACGUCAAGCCCACCGCUCUCGUCGGUCUCACCGCCACCUUUGGCGUCUUCACCGAGUCCGUCGUCCGCGCCCUCAAGGCCUCUGUCGACUCUGGCGGUCUUGGCCGCCGCCCUGUCCUCUUCCCCCUCAGCAACCCCCUCACCAAGGCCGAGUGUACUUUCGAGCAGGCCGUCCAGUGGACCGAUGGCACCGUCAUCUUCGCCUCCGGCUCCCCCUUCUCCCCCUUCACCAUGAAGAGCCCCGACGGCCAGGCCAUCACCUACCACCCCAACCAGGGCAACAACGUCUACGUCUUCCCCGGUCUCGGUCUCGGUGCCAUCCUCGCCAAGGCCUCCAAGGUCACCGACGACAUGGUCUACACCUCGGCUGCCGCUCUCGCCGCGUCUCUCAACGUCGACGAGAUCCACAAGGGUCUCAUCUACCCCCGCAUCGAGCGUGUCCGUGACGCCAGCGUCAUCGUUGCCCGCGAGGUCAUGAAGUCCGCCCGCAGAGCCGGCGUCUCCAAGCUUCCCGAGUCACAGUGGGUCGAGUGGGAGGAGUGGGGUGACGUUGCCUUGGACGCCUGGAUCAAGGAGCGCGUCUACGACCCCGUCAGCUUCUCCGAGAAGAGCCGAAUUUGA